AGAGUGAUGGGUAACGGAUAUAAAGUGCGGUUUGCGCAGGCGCGCCCCUCAGACGUUUGGCUGAGGUUCCGGUCGCUACUAUGGGUCGCCGUCCUGCUCGCUGUUACCGUUACUGUAAGAACAAGCCGUACCCGAAGUCCCGCUUCUGCCGAGGGGUCCCGAAUGCGAAGAUUCACAUCUUUGACCUGGGUCGGAAGAAGGCAAAAGUGGACGAAUUCCCACUGUGCGCCCACAUGGUGUCGGGUGAAUAUGAGCAGCUCUCCUCCGAAGCCCUGGAGGCCGCCCGUAUCUGUGCCAACAAGUACAUGGUGAAAACGUGCGGCAAAGAUGGCUUCCACAUCCGGGUACGGCUCCAUCCCUUCCACGUCAUCCGCAUCAACAAGAUGUUGUCGUGUGCGGGAGCUGACAGGCUGCAGACGGGCAUGCGCGGCGCCUUUGGGAAACCCCAGGGUACUGUAGCCAGGGUCCAUAUUGGCCAGGUCAUCAUGUCCAUCCGCACCAAGGUGCUGAACAAGAAGCACGUGAUCGAAGCCUUGCGCAGGGCCAAAUUCAAGUUCCCUGGACGCCAGAAAAUCCAUAUCUCCAAGAAGUGGGGCUUUACCAAGUAUAAUGCUGAUCAAUUCGAAGAACAGAUGGCUAUGAAGCGCCUCCUCCCUGAUGGUUGCGGAGUCAAGUACGUCCCCAGUCGUGGCUGUUUGGACAAGUGGCGGGCACUGUGCUCCUGAAGGCUUCUCUGGACCACGGUUCUCUGGACCACGGUUCCCUGGACCCUCAGUGGGACUUAAGUUUGACAAUAAAUUCUCCUCGCUGGCAAAAAACACCAAAAAAACAAAAAAAAAAAUUGUAAAAAAAAAUUGGUAAAAAAUAGUUACCCAAUUUUAGAUUGUAGAAUGCUGGAGAAAUAAUAUUUAUGUUAAUACAACAUGUUUUAAUGGAGAA